AUGUCAUCUACGCGUAGUGAGUUUACCGUGUGUGGUCUUAUUAACCACCCGGUAUUCCAGCAGUGCACAGAGGCCGCGGCGUACCUGCAGAAGGAGUACAGUGAUCUCUAUCACGUGAAUAUCUAUCACGAGGUCCCGCGGGACUUCUACAGCCGUCGGCAGAAGUUAAUAGACGCUAAACAGAUUGAAGAUGAUCAUAUGGAUGUCAUUGUCAUUCAAACAGGCGUGCCACAGGCCAUGUCUGGUGAGGCAUUCCUGCAGCGUUUACAGCAGGAGACAAAAUUUCGUGUUCUUAAUAUUCCAGUGGAUCAUGUGAAUUCAUAUGUAAACAUGGCAGUGGCAUCCUGGAAGAAAUUCCUGCGUCAACGUGGAAACAGUUAUGCUUGGAUGCUAGUCUCUAUUGGAGAUGUGAUCUGUGGUCGCAUUACGUUUGAGCUCUACUCGCAGGUGUUGCCACGCACAUGCAAUAAUUUCUGGCAUCUCUGCUGUGGAGAUCUCGGCACAAUUGUGCGGCCACGUGAACGGGGACAACAACAGGUGCCUAUGCAGCACAUCACACAUAUGAAGAAACAACAACAACAACAACAACAACAACAAAAAGAACAAGAAGAAGAACCUCAUCUCAAUGGUAAUGGUACGCAAGGAGGGGAAUCCCAACAACCAGAAGAAGCAACAGAAAGAGGAGAAGGUACACAACCCCAAAUCAAUGGAACAACAACAACAAAAGCAGAAAAAGAAAAUAAAGAAGAAGAAGAAGAAAAUGGAGGAGAAGAAGAGGUGCGACUAUCAUAUAAGGGAACGACAUUCUUCCGUACUCUUCACGGUGCGUGGGUGAUGGCUGGUGAUAUCACCGGUGAUCACGGCGGCAAUGGGGGCCACUCCUGCUACGGCCGCCAUUUCCCAGAUGAGUCCUAUGCCAUUCCACACGAUACCAGCGGUGUGAUUGGAAUGUGCAACGACGGCGGCGGCAACACAAAUGCCUCUUCUUUUUAUAUUACAAUGAAGCCAAUGGCGUGGAUGAAUGGACGAUACGUCGCCUUUGGAAGAGUGAUGGAUGGCAUGCAGGUGGUGGAGGCCAUACACAACGUGGAUGUAAGACACAAUCAGAGCCCGCGGGAGGUAAUCACCAUUGUUGAUUGUGGGGUGAUUGAUCUCACAGAGUAA